UGGAAAUAUUAACCGAAAAACAGUUGUAAAUGAUGUUCCGUAGCGAGUGGCUAGCGUACUUUCAAAUUGUGCUGAUAUUUAGCACGCUGCGACACGUGGAUGCUAUUCCGGUAAUGGAAAUGAUAAAGCUUCGCCUGUUUCAAGCUCUCUCAAAGGCUGGCUUCCUGGUCAAAGUGGCCUCCAUGACAGGCGAGAGUAUGGGCGAGACAUUGAUUAACCUGAGCAAUGUGCCCGUAGGCCUUGGCAUGAUGGUCAGUGCACUGUUCGCGAGUGGCACCAGGACAGAGGAGCCCCCAGAAGAUGAUCCAAAUUGUGAAAAAGGAGGCAUACCGUGUAAAAUCAUGUCUAUUUUUGGCCUGAAAAAUAAUCUGGAAUAAUGAUUGAUUAUAUGGAAGGAAAAGAAGCUCCAUUUAAUACAACAUCAAGUGGUCUAAGCGA